CUUCGACUACGGACCAGCUUCGAGCCAUACGAUGACUGGCUGCUUGGUGUACGAAUCGACAAUUUCGAAGCUGGGGAGCCGUCUUUCACGAUGACAAAGCAUAAUAUUGUGAAAAACGGAGAGCUAGGAAAAAGUAGCUCGUUCAUUGUACUGUCCAACUCCUGAAACGAAGCUGAUCAUGCCUUCCGAAGGCAAAAGAAUGAUCGAUAUGGAUCCCCUGUCACCAGGACCUUGCUUAGACAUAAGCGAUGACGAGCUGGUGACGAUUACAGUUCGUGACUUGAAUCGUCAGCUGAAACUUCGCGGAUUGACGAGGGAUGAAAUAGUUCGAAUGAAACAGCGCAGGCGAACACUGAAGAAUCGUGGCUAUGCAGCAAGCUGUCGUAUCAAACGUAUCGAACAGAAGGAUGAGCUUGAAACAGAAAAAACUCAGGAGUAUAGAGACAUGGAGGACAUGCAGGAUGAUAACAACUCUAUGAGAGAGGAAAUAGAAUCGUGGCACAGCAAAUACGAAGCACUAAAAAAGUUUGCCUUAGGUAGAAAGAUCCACAUUCCUGCAGAGUUAGAAACAAUGUAGAAUAUUUCCAAUUUCAUAUUUCCAUACGAACUUGAACUUUUCUUUGCUAUAGUUUCCCUAAUAAAAAAAAUAAAUAAAGAAAUGAAUAGCACAGUUGAAUCAACUCAAAUUAUACUGAAUAAAUAUUAUCCGGCAGAUA